GCCGGAGUUAACGCUGGCAGAGGUAAGAGGCAGCGGCAGUGGCAGUAGGCGUCACGGGUGGCGCGGCAGCCUGGCCGUCGGCGCCUGAGAGAUCAGGCAGACACAUCUCCCGAUACGAUAAGAAUUUGUUCGAUAACUAUUGGGUCACUUCUGUAACCCAUGAGCCAGCCUGUACACAUACCACCGACCCAUUAACUGCCUUCACCAUGUCCAAAUCGCCUCAAACCCUCAGCGCGCGCAUCACUCAAUUAAUAAAGCAAUGGCCCUCGGAUCAUGUGCGGCCAGAAUCCGUCUCCAUACAACACUACCUACGAACACGUCUGCCCAAGGCUGACGGAGGCUCACCCACUAUCAGCGAAUCGUCCGUUAACGCACUCACCUCGCUCCUCAACAACCGCUACAGCAAACAAUACCCACUACCGCAGAAGCUACGCUAUCCGGCAAGCAACCCGGAACAUUACGAUGUCUUGAUAAGAGAGUUUGAAGAGGCGCCGAAUCGCAGCUGGUUAGGGAGAUUACAGAAACGAUUGAGUGGUGUGCUGCGUUUGAAAUGAGUGGUCGUAUAAUAAUGUCUAUGAGCUGGACAUGUUCUGUACUAUUACGGCGAUAUACUGGAAUUUUUUGUACUUUAUAUUACUACUGCACGGCAAGGUGUUUCUUUUAAUUCUCAAUGCUAGGUUCGGAUAUCAAAUGCUAGAAAGC